GAGUUGACAGCAGGCAGCGUCUGAAAGGAAUUGGAUGGUUUGAGCCAAUCAACAGCCACAUCCUGCUGACAGGCGCUUGUUUGUGCCGGGGGGCUGACACACGGGCAGGGAGGCUGCAACUCGGCGACUGAGGAGCUACUCGGCUAGAAGCUCAAGCUAACGGCCGCCUGCAACCGGAGGACACUCAUGGCAUUUAUGAGGACCACGCCGCAGGAACUCUGCACUUCCUGCAAUAAAACGGUGUAUCCCAUGGAAAAACUGGUUGCUGAUAAGCUUAUUUUCCACACCACCUGUUUCUGCUGCAAGCAUUGCAAAGCUAAACUGAGUCUGGGAAGCUAUGCAGCACUGCAGGGUGAGUUUUACUGCAAGCCUCACUUUCAACAACUGUUCAAAAGCAAGGGGAAUUACGACGAGGGCUUUGGCCGGAAACAGCACAAGGAACAAUGGCAGCAGAAGACGGCUGAGAGUGGCUCCAAGUAACCACUGUAGCAUUGCUGGGGGAUGGAGCAGGUGGCUAGCAGCUAACCAAGCGGGAAGCACUGGCACCUCGCCUCUCUUUAACUAGGGGCACAGCAGCUGCAAUUCGUUAAUUUGCUUUAAAUAGCGUGUAAUUUAGGGGCCAUUGCUAACAAGAGGGAAGGAUUGCUGUUGUUAUUGUGGGUAGCGACAUCAUAAAAAAGGUCAUGGGGAGGUAGUUACACAAACAACCAGCGUAUGUCUGGGUUUAUAGCACCCAUCCAGGAGUAUCUAAGCCUGUCCAUGGACAACGGCAGGCCACAGGCCGAGGCAUGCUCUGUUCAUUGAAAUUCCUGGUAUUAACAAUUAUUCCAUCUAUUUAAUAACGGAGGAAAAUUGAAAUGAAAGUAAAACUGGAACAGGGUCGCCAGAAUUCCCCGUCCUGAUAACUUGUACGAUGGACUACACGUGGCUUGUACAUAACUGUAGUGCUACCACACUUUAACCAGAGCAAUUCUUCCCUCAUUACACAUUGCUAUGUCUUUGGAAUGAUAGCCCACCCCAGUGGGAACAGUUUGCAACUGCACAGAAUACUCUCAACGAUAUAUCUUUAAAAAGGACGGUAUGAUGGAGCAUGAUAUGCCAGAUAUUACAACUGUGCUUUAUAGAAAAGACACAGUGCCAGUUACGCAUCAGUUGUGACUGAAUUAUCUGCUAAAGGAUUCAUAAUCAUAGUGCAUCACCUGUACCCCUUGCUACAUUGUACACUUCCCUCAUUAUCCAGAAGCCUACAACCCAACAUAACUAUCCAGAUCACUUCUCUGGAGCAGUUCCUUCUAGAGAUAGAGCAGAUCUGCAAGUGAUUUCAACUUGGUGCCUUGAGCAUUUUGUAGUCAGACACAUUACUCAGCAAAUUGGACUGUAGUUCCACUGCAGACCCUUGCCUCAUGCACCUUUCUCUUCUCACACACAUACCCCCAACCUGUAGCGGUUUCAGAGAACAUGCACCCCAGCUGGGAAGAGAGCCCUGUUACAGUGACCAGUUACCCUCCCCCACGAGUUAUUGUCUACCUUGUCUCCCAUCCUGGUAGAUGUCCGUGCUCUGCUAACCACUAGUUGCCAUGAUGCAGGUCACUGCUGCCACAAGUAAGAACUUAAUUGUCCUGCUUUGGUACACAUGACAAUAGAACACUUUUGACUCUUGCUGCUCCAUCUACCCACUGCAUACUAUGACUCAGCUCUGGAAUGAAACAUUUAUCUUUAUACAGAAAGCAGACCUUCCCCAUCACCACCCCCCACCUCCUCCUCUCUAUCUCUACCACCCAUUUCCAUUUAAUUGCUGGUUGAAUAACCAAGGAUUUUAAUCAGUCUGAAGAAGGGGUUUGACCAGAAACGUCCCCAAUUCUUCUCUCCAGAGAUGCUGCCUGUCCCGCUGAGUUACUCCAGCAUUUUGUGUCUACCAAGGAUUUUAAUUGUCAGAUUUAGUGAUGUCUGUGUCAUUUUCCCCAGCUUGGACUGUUUUUAUAAAGCGAACAUGUGUCUGAAGUGCGUGGGAUUUCAGUUGUGUUAAUUAUCACAAUGUGAUAUCCUGAACCACAGGCUCAGCAGAUGGAAUGCAUUUUUUCCAACUUAAACUGUGCUUCAGUAAUGAGUUACAUAUGAAGAAUAAUAUUUUGGUACUUAAAUGUUUACUGUUUGUGAACCAUUGCAUUUUACAUUACAGUUAAUAAGUCAUAGAUCAUUUCUGGGUUUCAUUAAAAAAAAAAAUCACUGGUCUUUUAUAAAUAGUUGCUAUGUGGCCAAGAUUAGUAAACCAUUUGAAAAAUGCUCACGUUACUCUUCCCCAAACUAAAGAUUGAAAUGACUACUACUGAAGCCAAAGGACAGUGUGCUAGACCUGGACCAAUGUCACUGUGAUUAACAGAUGUCCUACCCUUCAUGCAUUCAGCAAAAUGGUGACAGUGUAGCACUCAUUAACACUGCCUCACUGUUCCAAGGAAUCAGGAUCCAUCCUGAUCACAGGUGCUGUGUGCAAAGUUUGCAAGUUUCCUCUAGUUCUCGUGCAUAUCCCACAGAUGUGAUGGUACAUUAAUUAAUUAUACUAUAUUCCCACUUUGUCUAGGUUUAAGACAAAACAAGAAUCAAAGGUGAGAGCAUACAUUGCACAGACAAAUGAGGAGAGGGGGAAUGGGGCCGAUGGGAUUUGUUUCCAUGGCAGUUGGCCUGGACUAAAUGACCUCCUCCUCUAAUCAAAACAAGAUCUCAAUCAUUCUCCAGUUCAGCAGCAGGCAAGACAAUCAACACUUUUGCCCUUCAUAGACGUGGCCUAGGAACCGGCCCAGAUGACUUACACACUUCCAUUUUCGUGGAAGUCUAGUGGCCCUUGCACUCUCAUCCACCUACCCGCCCCUUUCCCAUAACUUCAAUUUGCCGUCUAUUUUGUGAUACGUUGCAAUUCGAAUGCCUGGGUAUAUGCAGUGUAGAUGGCAUUAAUGGAUUGCUGGAAGCAAUAAGGCAGCAGCUGGAAUGAGUCACGGUCCAAAACAAUGGCAAGGUCACGUAGACAUUAUCAUCCACUAUUUUCAUCUACAGCUUGCAGAUGAAGUCAGCUUUGUAUGUGAAAAUUCACUUUUUGCCUGUGAACCAAGGACAAUGACAAUUUCCACACUGGCUUAGCAUUAUGCCCAUUUCCAAAUCUUUAGGCCAUACUUGUGGAUGAAGUGCACUUCAUCGACAGCAACAAACAAAUUAAGGCUAUAGCUAUAUUUCAACCACUUUUAAACGGGAGUGCGGGGCAUUCCAUAUUCAUGUUGUUCAGCUUCCCUUAUUCAUGAUUUCAUGAGGAUCGUACCAAAGGGAGAUACUUGAUUUCAGAGCUCAGGUUGAAAAACAAUCAAAUCCCCACAGGAUUUCUACUUCGAACCCAUUUUCAUCUCAGAAAAUGGGGUGGAUUAAUUGCCUUUUUGAGGCUGGUGUGUUCUGCAUUCCCAUCACCUGACCUAAGUUCUUAAAACUCGCAGUUCUACUUUCAUUGGACCGAAGUGAUCCUGUUGCACCUCACAACGCCAUCAUUGAUGUGCAGUCACAUCUACUAUCAUCCAUAAGGAAGUGACUAUACAACCAGAGCCUUAAAAGUUCUUCCAUACCACAACUUCUCCAUGAAAUAAAUAGAAAAUGCUGGACACACUCCUAAUCAGACAGCAUCUGUGGAAAGAGAACACGGAAUUUUUAGUUGACAUCAAAGACAAUUGCUGUGCAGAAUGGCAAUCAAACACUCAAUAUCCACUACUCCUCACCUCCAAACCAUCGCUGAUUAUGUGUAUUCUGUGCAGCUGCGAGCUAAACACUCUCAGGUAAAACAAUAGGGAGAUAACAGGUGGUCAUUCAGCCCCAGACCCGUUCGGCCAUUGUGACAUUAUGGCUAGUUUGUAUAAUAACUCAAAUUUUCCUGUCUUCUCUAUAUUCCCUGAAUGCUCUUAAGGUAAUUGAAAUAUUAUGAUCUCAGGCUUGAAAAUGUCAAUGCCCCUUCAUUUAUGUCCCUUUUGUGGUGCUGAACUCCAUCACUUCUUCUGCAAACAUCUUUGCCUGAUUUUACUCUUAACUGGCCUGUUACUAAUUUUAAAGUUUACACGCUUGUUCUAGCUUCCCCACCAGAUUUUCUCCCCACCCAAUAAAAUACUCACCCUAAACACAAACUACUCUCACCAACUUGAUGAGAAAUGAAGUGUUUUUGCAGAUUAAGAUCAAUGCAACCUUGAAACUGAGGUUUUUAAGUGUGAUGUUAUUUUGAAGAAAAUCUUUACUGCAUGCGUAAAUCUGUGAUCAGCAUUUCGGGACUUGGUGGUAUAUGAUGUUUCCCCAAAGUGAAAAAUGUUGAGUGCUGUUUUGUAAUGGUUGCAUGAAUUUAUUAUAUUGGUGGUUCUUGUUGUUUAGACACUUUGUUCUCAACAAUGGGAUAAGUGGGUCAGGAUCCCCCACUAACUACCCAGUUAUAUUGGAUCUAAUCAAUAUUGAAAUUGGAAAUUAUUAAAUACAAUAACCGCAGCUACACAGCUCAUUUACAGAUAUGCUGGCCUUUGCCUAGUACAUCGCAUAAAUGAAAUGCUAAGAUAGAGUAAUAAUCUCCAAACCCUCAUGGUUGGGGCCACAGAGUUGCCAAGAUGGUACAGAAAACUUGCACAAUGAUCAAUACUGCAUGUUGAUGUUAAACAAGGAAGGGAUGGGGCUUGGCUUGAUGGCCAAAACAACCUGCAAGAUGAUUGUAUUACAUACUUACUUAAGAACAGCCACAAUGAACUGAGGCUCUUGAUUUAUGUGCAGUUGCAGUUAACCCUUUCAGGAGGAGGGAAAGAUGAGAAAAUACAAUCAUUUUCAGGUAUUUGCUGAUCGCACAAUAUUCGAUCAUGGUCAGAAAGAAACAAGCAAUUUACUCCAGGACUUAGGUUUCAGACUGCAGUGAUCUGGGGAUUACUUACCAAACAACUUAUGAAACAACCCUACAUUAUAUACUUUGAAUGUGAAGGCCUAUUGCAUUUGGCCUGCACCAAGUAUUAGUGGGCCACCAUACACUGCAUAUUGAACUAAUUCCACGUGAUAUACGGGUCUAAGUUUGUAGUACGCAUUGCACACAUUACUGUGAAUUAUCAUAUAUUAGAGACACAAAAUGUGAUUAGAGACUGUAGUUUACAAUCAGAGUCUGAACACAUCUUGCUCUGUACAUCAGUUAUAUAUGGUUGUCACAAUCACCUCUUUUACUUGCAAAUGUUUUGUUCUAACUUAAUACAUUUACAUGUAAAACAAUUCACUGCCUUUUUGGUCACUCUGUAUUUCACAAACUGUCCUGAAGGAAGCUGUCACUGGCAGGUUACUGCAUUUACAAUAUUUUUUACACAGUAGAUAUGCCCCCAAUAUACAUGCCUUAUAAAUAUUGUAUGUUUGUAUCUUUUUUACUGUUUGUAUAUCUCUGAUCACGACUGUUAAAAGUGCUGCUUUGAAUCUGUGAAUGCACCUCUGCUUUACAAAUGUUAGAGUUUUAACAUUAAAAUAUCCAUUGUGUAA